AUGCAUGGCCAGCCCUCAGCAAUUGCAGGACCAAAGAAAAAGAGGAAAAAGAAGGAGGAGGAGGAAGCAACCGGGGAAGAGGCAAGAGCAGGGUGCCAACCAUCAGCACAGGCUGCAGACAUGGCUGCAACUGCAACCUUGGCCUUGCUCCUACUGCUUCUUGUUUCCUCAGCAUCCGCCUACUCCGACUUGCGUGAAAUGCUGAUAAAUUGCCAAGUUCCUAUGAACCUCUUGGGACCCUGCAAAUUCGUCGCCGACGACGGCCAGAAGCCGGACGAAGAUUGCUGCGGAUCGUUCAGGGCCGUGAAACCAUACUGGCCGCAAUGCCUGUGCUCCUUCCUCCUGCAAACCAGCAUUAAAUCUUCGUCCCUUUACUCGCCCCACCACAUGCAGCUGCUGCAAGCGCCGAAGCUCUGUGGCGUCCCUCAUGGCAUCUCCGACUGUCCAGAUGUUCUGGGACUGCCAUCAAAUUCCACCGCUUCGAAGUUGUUCGACGUGGAACACGCAUCGUCAGGUGUAGCGGAUGAUUUGCAACCGGAUUCGGCGCUUGGAAUUACCAGCUCGAGCAAAGGAGCCGCUGUGGAGAUCUACCGGACCCUGGGGUUGAUGGCGAUCCUGAUGGCCGCAGCCGCACUGAUCCUUGCCUAG